AUGGGUUUUCGUUUUCCCCUAGUUGUUAAAGCUAAGAAACUUCUUCAGAGGUCUUUUUCAAAUGCAAGCCAAUCAGCUUCACCGGUAUCCGAUGUCCCAAAAGGCUGUUUGGCAAUUUAUGUCGGGAAUGAUGAGAUCGAAAUGAAGAGGUUUGUGAUCCCUAUGUCAUACCUCAACGAACCUUCUUUCCAAGAUUUGCUAAGCCUAAGUGAGGAAGAAUAUGGAUUCAAUCAUCCAAUGGGUGCUCUCACAAUUCCAUGCGGAGAAGAGACCUUUGUUGAUCUUAUUUCUUACUUGAAUGCGUCAUGA